AUGGGCUCGUGCGCCUCUCGCAUCAGAGGGAAAGGCUCGCGCUGGAGAGUGGUGGCAGCGCCUAGCAGCGCCGAUUCGACCGCGUUUCUCUGCCAGCGGUGGACAAAUAUCAAGUAGAGAUGGAAUGUGACUGAGCAGCAUUGUACCUCCUCUGCAAUCCGGGAUUUAGCCUAAUUCUCUACCGGCACUGUCACAGCAAGACCGCCGUUGUAAUCGGCUUCCUCGCGCAGGGAACAUCCCAGCGUUACAAUCCCAUUCCAGGUCUCUUCACCUUGUCCGUCUCCUCGAAACCGGACAGACGAGAAUCGCGUUAUUCAAGUGCGGGGGAGCUCUGUAUGGACAGUUUUUUUCUAAUUACAGCUUGUUUUUUUUUACGUGAAAUGAUCUAAUUUGUCAUGUAAUUGUUCUUAUUUCAUAGAAGCAGGCAAAGAAAAUAGCUUAAGUUUUUUUAAACACACGAAUUAUUGUUGCGUUUCCGGAGGACCUUAUUAUCGUAGCGCGCCGAUUUGGAUGAGAGCAUUUCUGCACCAUGAGCACUAGUGCAGUACCCUAUCAGCACAGCUCCUAUGGCAGUGGGAGAAGCUCCGCCCCCAUCCACUGUUUCCGCUGCAGGGAGGUGUGCAAAGGGGAGGUGGUCCGUGUGCAAAACGUCCAUUUCCACGUCAAGUGCUUCACCUGCCAAGUGUGUGCCUGUGAUCUGGCGCGUUCCGGAUUCUUCCAGAAGAACGGCGAGUACAUCUGCACGACGGACUACCAGCGGCUGUACGGCACGCGGUGCGACAGCUGCCGCGACUUCAUCACCGGGGAGGUGGUCUCCGCGCUGGGCCGCACCUACCACCCCAAGUGCUUCGUCUGCAGCGUCUGCAGGAAGCCCUUCCCCAUUGGAGACAGAGUCACGUUCAGCGGGAAAGACUGCAUCUGUCAGCAGUGCUCACACACCUUGGUCAGCACCAGCGAGCCAAUCAAAAUCCACGGGCCCAGCCACUGUGCGGGCUGUAAGGAAGAGAUCAAACAGGGCCAGUCUCUCCUCGCUCUGGAGAAGCAGUGGCACGUCAGCUGCUUCAAGUGUCAGACGUGCGGCAUCGUUCUCACGGGGGAGUACAUCAGCAAGGAUGGGAUCCCGUACUGUGAGUCGGACUACCACGCCCAGUUUGGCAUCAAGUGUGAGACCUGCUGCAGGUACAUCAGCGGGCGCGUGCUGGAGGCGGGGGGGAAACACUACCACCCUACCUGUGCCCGCUGUGCCAGGUGUCACAUGAUGUUCAGCGAGGGGGAGGAGAUGUACCUGACAGGUUCAGAGGUGUGGCACCCGUUAUGUAAACAGGCAGCUCGUGCCGAGCGGAAGCUGAAGCACAGACGCAUGUCAGAGACGUCCAUCUCCCCCCCCGGCUCGAGCAUCGGCUCCCCCAGCCGAGUCAUCUGUGCCAAAGUGGAAAACGAGAUCCUUAAUUACAAGGACCUGGCGGCUCUGCCCAAGAUCAAGUCCAUUUACGAGGUGCAGCAGCCGGCGCUCCUGGCCUAUGAGCCCUACGUGAGAUACAGCUCUGACGACCGGCUGGAGCGCUACAGCUACGGAGAGUCCCUGGGAACUCUGUCUCCGUACUCCCAGGACCUGUAUGACAGCGUGGACCUGAGGCAGCGGCGGUGCUCCAGUCCGGGGUACAUCGACUCGCCCUCCUACAGCCGACAGGGCGUGUCCCCCAGCCUGCCCCGCUCCCCCCAGCACUACUACCACCCCGGCUCAGAGAGUGGGAGGAGCUCUCCUUAUUAUGGUCAGCUGGACGCUCGGUGUGGCACUCCGACCUCGUACCAGGUCCCCAAACAUUUCCAUGUGCCAGUUACAUCAUCAGGCGAUUACGUGGACUUCCUGUCUGACUGUGGUCAUUGUGAUGAUCGACAGCUCACCAAACAUUAUUGUGAAGGACCAAACAGGAAGUGGAUAUCAGCCACAGGGGACCCCAACAUCUACAGGAGACCCCCCAUCUAUAAGCGGCAUGCCAGCAAAAGCAAGACCAGCGAGGACAUCGUUGAGUCCUCCAAGUUCCCAGCAGCCUACUCUCCUGAGCCCUACCAGCACUCUGAGGCUGAGUACUACCACUACGCCAGCUCGCCCAAAGGCUCUCGCACACCACGGAGGCGUUUCUCGUCAGGGGGAGAGGAGGACGGCUGGAAUCACAGUCUUCACAGAAUCCAGAGUGGGAUUGGGCGGAUGAUCCUAAAGGAGGAGAUGAAGGCCAGGUCUGGUUCCUAUGACAACGACCCCUGGGCCAGCGCUCGCAAUUCCCGCAGCGGCAGCAAGGAGGCGCUACACAGCAUGAGCUACAAUAACACCGUCAACGGCUCUCCAAGGUCACAUUACAGUGCUGACAGUGACUCCUACAUUUCCAAAUCAGCUUCCCUUCCAGGAUACGGCAGGAACGGACUACACAGGCCCCAAAGUGCCGAUUACUUCCAGUACGACAGCAGCAACGCGGUGAACUGGGGCAUCAGAGAAUACAAGAUUUACCCCUAUGAAGCCUUGAUCGUGACCACAAGGGGGCGCAACAGGCUGCCAAAGGAUGUAGACAGAGCCAGGUUAGAGGUGUCCACUCGGCAGCGUCACUUGUCGCCCGAGGAGUUCUACCAGGUGUUCGGGAUGACGAUGGCGGAGUUUGACCGGCUGGCGUUGUGGAAGAGAAACGAGCUAAAGAAACAAGCAAGGCUGUUUUAACGGCGGUUCACGCCGAGAGAAACCGAGCCGGCCGUUCAGUCCCAGAGAACCGGAACCACGCUGGCGUCACCACAGAGAUGGAAUCCGAACACGAAGAAGCGACCACACGCGCGCGGUUUAGAGAGAGUUGGAACACUGACUUAUCAAGGCGGUUUUUUUUGCAAGUGCGUAAAGCUGCGUAUGUUGAAUCGAUUUGAGUUGAGGUUUCAUUCAUUCGCGAGACGAUGGCGGCCGCGGGCGCGCUGCUCUGCUAUGAUGGUCUCAUCGGGCCGUCGCUGGUCAGGCUUUGCCUUACGUUCGAGUUGUGCGCGCGCGCCAGCAAACUGGGUGACGAGAAUGUUGACGCAUAUCCAACACUUUAACAGGAUGCUAAGAGACCGACACGGCGUAGUUUUCAUUUGUAGAAAGAAAAUGGUCCAAGCGUGUGGAAAACUAGCACAUUUCUCAGAAUGAUUUCACUCAUCAUUUUUAUUUAUUAAUCAUCAUUUAUGCGUGUUUUACAGGGAUUGGGCUACUUAUCCACUGAUAAGAGAAUACAUAUAUAUUACAGUUAAAGAAAGCUAAUACAAACAAGAGUUAUUGUACUCAGAUAUUUCUAAGAGGCUGUGUGCAGGAUCGUUGGAAUUUACAUCAAUUUAGUGAGGAGGCAAACCAAAGGGAUACUAAUACCCGGAUCUCCUGUUUUUAAACUGCCGAUGGUUUAUCUGGCUAUAGCGCAAGACUUUUUUUGUUCUUCUCCUUACCUUCGAUCAUCAAUUAAUUUUCUCUCCUUUUUCGAAGACUAGCUACCGCUACAGAAUGUAUUUUCAGUUGAGAGACAUCAAGAAAUAAUUCAAAUGUACUCAUGAUAGAGCUGACUGCUGAGAUGUAAAAGCUGUUACCAAGUGUAUUUUUAUUUUUUCUACUGCGUUUAUCAAACUUUUUUUAUUGAAUAUUGGAAAAGAAAACUCACACAAAAAGCAAGUUGCGUGUAUUGUUUGAACUAUGGAAUUAUAGUUGUGUGUUGACUUCAAUGGAAGAAGGGUGUGGUGGAUUUGGGGAUUUUAUGAAACCGUAGAGUACUGUCUUAUAUUUUAGGCUAGGUAAGUGGUUCCCAAACUUGGUCCUGAGGGACAACUGUCUAUGCUGGUAUU